GUAACACUGGAUGGUGCAUUCAAUUUGGCCAACCGAAUCGUCUUAGCUAUCCAAUUUAGCCAUCAAAAGAAAAAAUAAACAAUUUGAUUGGACUCUUCCCUUUCUCACGAUACGUAUAUAAAUACGGUAUCGAUCGAUUUAUUUAUUCUUGUGUCUAAAUGCGCACAAGUUUAAUUAUUAGGGCAAAAUGACCAUUUUAACGAAACCAAGUAUAAUAAUCAAGAAAUCAGACGUAACGGAAUCUCCGUUGGUUCACGAUACAACUAUUUGCGAUGAGGAGAAAGUAGAAGUACAUGCUCCACCGGCCUACUGGGCGCAGAAGAAACGUUCUACUGGAGGCCUGCUAUGCAUGUCCAUCAUCGCACUGAUGAUGGCCGUCACCGGCAUCGUCAGUGGGCUUCUGCUGUACCGCCAGUACCUGCGCAGCAACGCUGUCCACCGUUUCCACGUAUUUUGCUCCAUACCAAUGGAACCCAAGCCGGAGGCGCAGCUGCGUUGGCACACGGGGCCGGACGCGGACGUGCAAGUGUUCGCGACGGCGGGCGCGGGCGAGGGCGGGGACGAAGUGGAUGAACUGCUGGAGCGGCUCGAGAUCGACGACGACUUCGAGCGUAUCCUCGUCAUCGAUAACGGCCGCAACGUGGAGUUCAUUCACAACUUUAACAUCAACAUGACUGGCAUCGUGGACAAGGAGCGGUGCUUCUUCAUGCCGCUGGAGGCGUCGCUGGUGCUGCCGCCGCCGCAGCUGCUGGCGGGCAUCGCCGCUGGCGCUGCUGGCGCGGCGGGUGGCGGCUGGGACGUGUCGCGCGUGCGCAGCGCGCUGCAGGCGGCGCUGCCGCGCGCGGCGCCGGGCGCGGCGCUGCUGCGCGCGCUGCGCGCCGACGCGUGCCGCCACCGGCCCUCCUACAUGCUGCACGCGCCCGCGCCCGCGCCCGCGCCCGCGCCCGGGGACAUGCUCGUACGCAAGCGGUCGGCAGACGAGCCCCAGCACGACUACAUUCAGUUCUCUGGACAACACAUCCAGGAGAUUCAGAUCAGCAACAUGGCCGAGCUGCUCAAGUACGAGCGUAGCCAGGCUUAGAGGAGCAGUGCUACUGUGGCGUACGGCAUCAAGCACACAUACGACACACAAUACAUCUAGUGUCACUAAAAUUAUUACAUAUUUGAUCUUGGUAAUUACAGCACACAUUUGCUCUCAAUGAUCACAACACACAUUUGCUCUCAAUGGUCACAGCACACAACUGUUGCCAAUGAUCACAACACACGUUUGAUCUCAAUGGUCACAGCACACAACUGUUGCCAAUGAUCACAACACACGUUUGAUCUCAAUGGUCACAGCACACAACUGUUGCCAAUGAUCACAACACAUGUUUGAUCUCAAUGGUCACAGCACACAACUGUUGCCAAUGAUCACAACACACGUUUGAUCUCAAUGGUCACAGCACACAACUGUUGCCAAUGAUCACAACACACGUUUGAUCUCAAUGGUCACAGCACACAACUGUUGCCAAUGAUCACAACACACGUUUGAUCUCAAUGGUCACAGCACACAACUGUUGCCAAUGAUCACAACACACGUUUGAUCUCAAUGGUCACAGCACACAACUGUUGCCAAUGAUCACAGCACACGCCUUUUUACCAAUGAUCAAACUAAAUAUUUUAUGUAAUCGAUUAAGUGUAAUGAGUGUAUUGAAUCAAAAUGUACGAUUGUGUCGUGAGGGAUAAAAUAAGAUUGGCAAUCUCAACUUUUAAAACUGUAAUUCUCAACUAUUAAUUUUUAUAUCAGUUGUUAUGAGACAGAAAUAAGGCAAUAAAACGUUGUAGUUUUAUUUUAAAAUUGUAGUGUUGGUUUGUAUGUUUUUAUUUUUUUCAAUUAUGGUUAUGAUCCAAAUACAUGAUCUCAUUUGUAUUCCAAAGUAUUUGUAAAAAUUUUUGUUCAUUUCAAUUGUUUUGGAAAGGAAUUCAGAUUUUUAAGGUUUCCGUGGCUGUAGGAUCCAAGUUUGACGAUUGUUUCAGGCAGUUGUCAUAGCAUAUCGAUCAUUAACUGUCUACUGCGGAAUAUAAGGCCUCCCCCAUAAGGGGGGGGGGAGGAGUUGCCAAUAAUUUCCAUGCUUGGCAGGUAGUUUGACAACCGCAGUUACGCUUUUAGUGAUGUUUUGGUCGACGUUUCGACGGUCACUACUCCCCAUCUUUUGACCAUUAAUUUCCUUUAGUCACUUCUUAUAACAUCCACUGGAGAGGAAGGGGUGGCCCAUUCUAUGCCCUGAAACAAGUUUGGGGCAUGCUUUGGGGCAACGAAAGAAAUGAACUUAUCUAAAAUAAUUUUGAGUCUGAGUGAUCUGAUUUGUCUUCAGAUUUUCCUAGUCUGAUCUCUCUCUAAGGUAUCCUAAAUCGAGGAUUAGAUUGGUUUGAAGGUGUGGCAUUUAUCUGCAAAAUGAGACCAAGAUAAUGAAUUUCUUUCUAAAACUAAUUGGAAAUAUUUGAGAACGGCCUAAAGGACGUCUUUAUUUAAGUUAAAUUAUUGUGGAAUUUAAAAAUUAGACAUUGGGUUUUAAAACAUGGGCCAAUUCUGAGACGCUAUUUCAUAAAAUUAUAAGCUUCAUAAACGUAACCUGUCUUAACGUAAAAUUUUAAUUUGAUAAUUUCGCGAAAUUAUUAUUUUAUGGACCAUCAUAAAUUAAAUUUACAAUAAUUUAGACAUAAAUUUAUUGGAGAUUUAGUUUAUAUUGGUACUUAAAGAUUUCGCUGUUAUAUUAAAUUGUGAUUUUAAUUUUAGAGACUGUUUUAGAGUAAUGAACCCAUUUAGUUCACCAGUAUUAUUUAUUUCAAAGCAGUAUUAUAUAGCAAAAUAUUUAUUUUUACUAAUAACUAUCGUGAGUCAUACUCUAUUGUAAUUUAUUUAUGUUGACUUACUAAAGUUUUAUAUUCGGGGACUAGUUUCGAAUUCAACAGGAGCCCUUAUUCAUAAGCAUGGUUCAUGGCUGUGUCCCGAGCAGCUGUGAGUACGAGUAAAGUUGACAUAAAUAAUUAGAUUUUUUUUUUAUUAAUAACGUAUAAAAAAAUUGUCGUGGUUUGAAAAAGUUUAUGCACUUAGAUUUACAUGUAUCAUUCCUAAAUAUGUUAGCGGUACGGUACGAAGAUUUUAAAGUAUUUUAUAUAUAAUGUGAUGCAUGUUUUAUGUCUUAGCAUUAAUGCACACUGCGAAUUUUUUAGUCUACAUGGAAACUGUAUAGGUUCAUACAUUUAAUAUACUACUAGUACAGUAAAUACUUCAUACAUAUGAUCUCCCAUCCCUAAUUCGCAUAAACAAAUAGUGUGGUACAAAAUUCGCAGUGUGUUCUGAAAUCUGUCAAUAGUCUGUCAAACGUCAAAAAGGUCUUCGUACCGUUUUCUAAUUAUACGGCUGUGUUUUUAAUUUUUAUUAUUAUUUCCGUAUUUUAUAAUUACUAAUAUCCAUUUAAAAGAAAACAUUGUAUGUUAUCCUGUAUUCUUACGCAUCCAAACGUAACUUCAUAUAGAAUAAUUUAUAUAUUUUUGAAUAUUACUAUCUUUUAAUGUAAUCUGCCAAGAAUGUGACAUGUACUCAUAUGAAGUUUUGUAGGAAAGUAGGUUAUAAUAAUGGAUUGGUGAUUAAAUACACAUUUACACUGUUUAUCUCUUUUAUAUAACUUUAUUCUAGUGGUGGUUUGAAACUGGUAAAAUAAGGAACUUGUAUAUAUAUGUAUAACAUAUGAAAUGUUCCUGUUCCAGUUUGACAACAGUUGUAUUGGCCUGUUCUAAAAUAUAACAGUACUAAAAUAGCAGUUAUUUUGAAAUAAUAACAAUUCCAAAAUAACAGUUAUUCCAAAAUAACAACAAUUCCAAAAUAACAGUUAUUCCAAAAUAGCAACAAUUCAAAAAUAACAGUUAUUCUAAAAUAACUACAAUUCCAAAAUAACAGUUAUUCUAAAAUAGCAAUAACUCCAAACUCCAACAGAUCGGUUUGGAACAGUUGUUACGAUUUCAAUGAAACCGGUUCGAAUUGUCAUUUUUGAAACCUGUUGUGUUUGACUGUUGGCUCGCCUCAGUUUGAUUCCUCAACAUUCGUCAUCUUCUAAAAUGUCAUGAUGCUUCACAGUUCUUCGUACCACUGAUUUGGCUUUACCACUUCUUCAAUUUGGCCAAUAUACCCUCGAUGGGUACGCCCUCUGUCGAUUUGUCCAAUCACUUACAUAGAUCUAAAUGUGUAGUCCUCAGUGGUAAUAUCGUGGAUGCCUGGUACUAUAACCCAACGCCACUUUAGCGUUUAAUUAUGUCUAUAUAAAAUAUAUUAAAGUCCAAUUUGUAGUAUAAGCACAUGAUCUAUUGUCAAGUUUAGAUGUUUUCACUUUAUAUUUUGUUAUUUAAGUUGUUGUUAGUUUUUCACUAAUUAUUAAUAAUAGUGAUUGUGGUACACCAUUAUAUGCAUUAGAUUAUAUUGCUAAAAUAUUUUAAAUUAUAACAAGUUAUUUAUAUAGAAUACUAUAGCAAAUAUCAAUGUCUCCUUAAAGUAAGAUUUAUUUCUAAUUAUCUGUUUGAAUCAUCAUUUUAAAUAUAACGUAAAUGUGUUUUUAAAUAUGAUAUUCGCUAACACAUAAUGAAAAACAGUCAUUUAGUGAUGUAUCUCAAUUCACAGUCUAUAUCAAAAUAUUUGACAUGAAUAUUAUUGGUCUAGUGCCAUUACAAUGCAUUUAUUUCUCUUAACUUGUACCUGUGUCAUACAUGUCACAAAGUCAUGUUCACUUUUUAAAAUAUUUGUCACUUGUAAAUUGUAUACUUUAGGUGUUGUCGUUUUCCUACCAUUUUCUACUAUUAAAAAUCAAGCGUAUUCGUCUAUUUUUCUACUAUGUUGCCAAAUAUUACAGAACACUAGACAAUUUGGUUAACUAAUUGCCUACGAAAUUUUCUGACAUCAACAAUCUGUCACUAUUUAUGUGAGCCGAACGUAAUUGCCCGUUUUUUAUUAGUAGAAAAUGGUAGUAAUGAAAUAUGACAAGUGUUAGGAGAUGCGCUGUAGUGACCGCUAUGAAUACAAUUAUUAUGUUUAGACGUAAUGCAAUUAAUUCACAAUCUAAUUUGAUCGCUAAUCACCUAAAAAUUUAGCUUCAUAAAGCCAGUAUGUGUAGCUAAAAUUUGGUAUACUGCUGUAGUGAGAAAGUAGCAGUGUAUGAGCGUUUUAAGAAUUAUAAAUACGCCGAAUAGCUAUCGAUAUAGCAUUUAUUAACAAAUAUUUCUGUCACGAAUUUAAUUAUUCACGUAUUGUUCGGUUUAGAAAAUUUUGUGAUAGAUUUUCAUGGUAGGUCACUUUUUCAUCAUAAUAUGAGGUAGUUUGACACGUAUGUUUGAUUCAUAAGGACCAAUACUCACCAGUGGAACUUUGUUGACAGAUACCGCCUAUAUUAUGCUGUAGUUUCCUAAGUCGAUAAAAAAUAAAAUUAAAAAAAGAAUUAAUACUCGUAUUUUUUUUUAUAGUUGUACGUACUUGUAUAUUGUUUUAUAGAGGUCACUAAGCGCCUGCGUAUUAAAUUUUAAAAUAAAAUAUUAGUAAUGGAUUAAGUAGGUAAUAACGCUGGCUGUUAGUUGAUAAUUGGCUAUAAACGUAUUUAGAUGUUUAAUCUGUUAGUUUCUAUGUUCAAGAUUCACGUUCCGUUUCCGAAAUAAAAAUGAGUGCAUAAUUUAAAAUUCUCCAUUCGGUAAUUUUAAAAUGGCAACACAUUCAUGUAUUUUUUUUCUAGGCUUAUUUUGUAAUAUUACGUAAUGCCUAUACCUAAAUAAAAUGUCGUCAAAA